AUGAAAAGUGUUUUGAUUUUUCUAACUCAUCGCUUCUAUAUCCACAAAUUCAGACCAAACCCACAUCUUCUACUCCGAGUAAACUCUAUUUCCGACACUUCUUCUUCUUCUUACUCCUCUUCUCUAGUCUCUACAGAUCGAAAAAUCUCCACUUUCUGCACCAAAAGUAAGUUCCUAGAGAUAUCAUCUCGAAACUUGUGCACCCAUGUCGAGGAACCAUCAGUGCGGAAGGCAAAAAAAGAGCUUAAGGAAGCGUUCGAGGCGGCAGAGACCAAUGAUGAGAGGAUAAGUUUGCUCAAGGAGAUGGAGUCUUCUUCCUUGGAAGGCAAUGAGGUAGCUCUAUCUGCUUUGAUAAUAGGUAUCCAUCUCUACCGUGAAGGCGAGGAUCCUGAAAAGGUUUUGUAUUACGCUCAUAAGUCUCUUAGAGCAUUCAAUGUAGAUGAUAAUAAGCCUUCUUUGCUUGUUGCCAUGGCAAUGCAAUUGAUUGGAACUGCUAGCUAUGCCUUGAAUCUGUUAGGUGAUAGUGUAAGGUACCUUAACAGAGCAACUCAGAUUCUGGAGAAGUUGGUGGCAGAUAGUGAGGUUAAAGCGAUGUUAAAAACCGUCAAGAUGGUGAUUGAUAGUGUUGACAAUAGAAUGGGAGAGCAAGAGGAUGAUGUUGAGGAUUCUUUGAAUAGUUUGGAGACCAAAGAGAAGGAAGACAGCAAAGAGUUAGGUGUUGCAAAUAGAACUGUGGCAGAUGCUUUUGCUGUGGGUUUGAACUUUGAAGCAGCAUUGCCAUAUGCGUUGGAGGCGUUGGCUAUACAUAGAAAAGAGCUGGGGAACAUCUUAGCUGAGGUUGCACUGGAUAGACGACUUCUUGGUGUUAUCUACAAGGGGUUAAAGGAACAUGACAAGGCAAUCGAGCAGAAGCAAUUGUAUCAGAAGAUGUUGGAGAUGAACUUGGAGGUGCUUCGUGGGGAGAUAGAUGAUGCAAACAUGAAGGUUGCUUUGGGAAAAUACGAGGAAGAGAUCUCUAAUGGUGUUGUCAAACAGUAUAAGAAGGACAAUGAGAUUAGAUCUGUUGUCCUCAUAUCAAUGUCCAAGGCGUUGGUAAAGGAACACAAGUUUGCUGAUUCAAAGAAGUGUUUGGAGUUUUCUUGUAAUAUUCUUGAGAAGAAAGAAAAAACAUCUCCUGUAGAAGUUGUAGAGGCUUACUCUGAGAUAGCGUUGCAGUAUGAGUCGAUGAACGAGUUUGAAACAGCGGUUCUGUUGCUGGAGAAAACAUUGUGUAUUCUAGAGAAACUCUCUGAACACUGUAAAGGAAGUGUUUCCGCAAGGAUAGGGUGGUUGCUUUUGUUCUUGGGUCGAGUCUCUGAGGCGGUUGCUUAUUUGGAAAGUGCAGCCGAGAGGUUGAAGGAAAGUCUUGGUCCGAGACACUUUAGUGUUGGUUAUGUUUACAACAAUCUUGGGGCUGCAUUUAUAGAGCUCGAAAGACCUCAACACGCUGCUCAGAUGUUUGCAGCUGCUAAAGAUAUCAUCAUCAAUGGUCCAAACGAUGCAUGCCAGAGACCUUCUCAACUUAUACCAAAAAUUGCAGUGGAGUUUCAACAACUGGUGAUUAAUAACUGGGACAAACAUGGAGACAGCACAGAAGAUGAGCUUCAGAAAGUGAAAAGAUUUCUCGAGGAGUUACGUUUGAAAGCCGUUCACACUCUGAGAUAG